AUGGCAAGCACAUUUCGAUUGCCUUUAUUUAACAACACUAUUGCAAACAAUAACAAUGUUGGCAAUGUUAAUGGUAAACUUAAUAAUACCAACAACAAUACCAAAUUAAACUUUAAUUCAAGUUCUAAACCUACUUCUUCUUCCGUCGCUGCUGUUAAUACUAACAGUAAUGCUACUACCAAUUUGACAACUUCUGGUUCAUUUGGAAACCAAGGUGCUGCACCAAUAAUUGCUACUAAUGGCGCCGAUAAAAACAAUAAAAUCAAAAAUAAGAAAACACGUUUGACUGAGCUGGUUGAAUCUUCCAGGAACUUACCCUCCUUAAUCGGUGGUGAAUCUGCUAGGAAUUUGUCUAACACUGAUUCCGAUUUAUCAUUACUAGGAGAUUCUGUUCAAUUAAGUUUAAGUGAAAUUGCUAAACGCUCUUUACAAUUAGGCUCCAGCAUAGACAUUAAAGAUUAUACCAGAGCCCAUUAUUUAUUAGCUGGUAGUGGGUUACCGAUUCAGGAUGUUGAGCAAUACUUGAAAAAUUUGCCAAAUAAAAAUCUUCAGCAAUCCACUCUUUCUGCAACUGCAUCUACCUCUACCUGUCCACCUUCAAGUAAUGAAAAAAGAGUUGAUUUGCCCUAUUCUGAUGCCACCCAAGUUAAUACUAUUAAUAACGGUAUGAAAACUUCAACUGAUUUAGAUAGUUACUUGAGGAAUAAAAAGGAUGAAAGUAUUUUAUCUUCAAUUGAAAACUCUUUAGUUGUAGCUGCUAAAGAUUUUGACUCUUUUGUUAAUAAAAACUUCAAUUUGGAUUCAUGGGAGAAAAGAAAGCAAGAGGUUAGGGAAUGUUUUGGAAUAUUAGUAAAAAAGCGUAAAGUUACUAGUACUUUUUCCAACGCUCCUAAUGCUUCUGAUUACCCAUUGGAAAGGGUUUCUUGGGGUAAUAAAUCGCGAGAGUUAUUAACACAAGUUUUAGAGAAUAGUAGAUUGAAUGUUAAUGAAAAUAUUUUAUUAAGAGAAAGAUUCAGGAAAUAUGCUUCUAUUAUCCAUGAACUAAAUAAUCAAAGACAAAACAAUGUCUUGGGUCAGUUGAACUUCCCAUUAACUGAAACAGUCUUAAACGACAUAUUUUUUUCAGAUAGUAGUAAUAAUAGUAAUAGUAAUAAUAAUAAUAAUAAUAUCUCUAGUUUAGCCCAAUAUAGACAAAUUAUAGAAUGUUGGAAGAUUUUAGAGAAUUGUGGUAGUUCCAAAGACGUCAUUCAAGAUAGUAAAAAAUAUUUGGAAAGGCAAUUUUUACAAUAUGUAGAUAAUUUGUACAAAAAAAAUUUUAAUAAUGAAGGAUUGCCAACCGUGGUGAAUAAAAUUAGAUCCUUUGUUGAAUAUAAAUUGAAAUCAUCUACUACAAAUCAAUGGAAGAUGAAGGACUUAACUAUUAUUAACGAUAUUCCAGUCUGGGCUUUAAUUUACUAUUUAUUACGCGCGGGCUGUUCGAGUGAAGCUUUACAGGUUGCUAUUGAAAAUAAAACAAGUUUUAGAAAGAUUGAAUCUUCAUUUCUAACAUAUCUAAAACACUAUGCAACUUCCCCUAAUCGUGAAUUGCCUGUAGAAUUUCAAACAAAAUUGCAUACAGAAUAUAACCAACACAUAAAAAAUUCAUUAAAUGGUGAUCCAUACAGGUUGGCUGUUUAUAAAAUAAUUGGAAAAUGCGACUUAACUCGCAAGACUGUUACCGGAGUCAUAUUUAGUGUAGAAGACUGGUUAUGGUUUCAUUUAGUUUUAAUAACUGACGAGUCUAGUAUUGGUAGUGCUUUAGGUGACUCUUUGGAGAAAUAUAGUUUAGAGGAUUUCCAAAACAUUGUGUUAUCCUAUGGUGUUGCUCACUUUAGCGCUAAUAAUUACAUGCAAGUUUUGUUGUUAAGUGGAUUGUAUCAUGAAUUUGUUGGGUACGUUUUGGGAGAUACUAAGAUAAUUCAUGAGAUGGAUACGAUGCAUUUGAUUUUUGGUUUGUAUUAUUAUGGAAAAUUGGACAAUUCCAAAAAAAGCUUAGUUGUGACCUUGGAUAAAAUAUUGGCGACUUAUAUUUCUAGUUUUAUCAAAUCCGAUCCCAAAGUUGCUGUGGAAUAUAUUUUAUUGUUAACUUUGGAUGAUACUAACGAAAACUAUAUUAGAACCUGUCAUGAAAUGUUGAGAGAGUUGGUUUUAAGCACAAAAGAGUUUAGCAUUUUAUUGGGCAGAGUUAAUAAUAAAGAUGGUACAAGAGUACCCGGUAUAUUAGAAUUGAGAUAUCCCUUGAUGAAAUUGAAGGAUAAGGAUGAAUUUUUGCAUACUAUUACAGAAAGGGCUGCUAGAAAGGCGGAUGAAAGUGGGAGAGUGGAAGAUUCUUUAUUAUUGUAUCAAUUAAGCGAAGAGUAUGACAUUGUUAUUUCUAUAGUCAAUAAAAAUUUGAGUGAUUUAUUAAGUGGAUUUGACUAUUUGCAAAAACAUCAACAAAAAGAGUUAUUAUGGGAAGAAACUGAUGAUACCAAUAUGAUCACAAUUGCAUCACAACUUUCUGAAAUUUAUUUAAAUAAUAGUAAUUUACAAAUCACUUCCAAGAUAAGCUCUAAAAAUAAAGAAACUUUACUAACUUUAUUGAAAUUAGUUGAUAUUUGGAGGUUGUUUUGUAAUGACGAAUGGCAGAUUUGCCUAGAUUUACUGAACCAAGUGGAUUUAAUACCAGUUUUCGCCGAUGAAGUGACAGCAAGGAGAGGUGCCACGUCAUUGAUGAUUAAUAAUGAAUAUAUUAUGAAAAAUAUCCCUAAUUUGUUGAUAUUGACUAUGUCAUGUGUCUCUCAUUUGGUUAAAAUCUUAACUGGUGGCAAUAAACCACAGAAUGAUGAAAGUAAGGGACAACAACUUAAAGCAUUAAAAAGAAUUGCCAAGAACUGCAUGACCUAUUCUGGUAUAACUCAAUACAAAAUGUCAAAGGAAACCUAUAACAUUUUGUUAAAUUUGGAAGCAGACUUGUAA